AUGCAGACGGAGGAGGAGACGGCCACCGCAGAAGAGCCCAUUUUGGAGGAAGGGUCAGGACGAGAGCAGCAACGGCCAGUCCAGCAGUCUCUGGCCUCCUCCCUGUGUCGGGAGUCCCAUUGGAAGUGCCUCCUCCUGACCCUCCUCAUGUACGGCUGCUUCGCCACGCUUGCCUGGUGCGCUCUCUGUCGCGUCCCCGUUCUCGGCUCCUCCUCCUCCGUACAUCUCGGUGCUGACGACGAUGCCACCUCUGCAGCCUACUACAAUGACAUCCUACACCUGGAGAGUCCGUGCUCCAGCGGCUACGUCUACAUCCCCCUGGCCUUCCUGGCAAUGCUGUAUGUGGUUUACUUGGUGGAGUGUUGGCACUGCUUCUCUAAGACGGCAAUGUUGGCUCAUGCUGAAUUCCAGGAAGUGUACGAGCGUGUGCAGAGACUUCAGCAGGCCACACCCUGCAUUUGGUGGAAGGCCAUCAGCUAUCACUACGUGAGGAGGACCAGACAGGUGACAAGAUACCGCAACGGAGAUGCAUAUACGACCACACAGGUCUACCAUGAGCGGGUGAACACUCAUGCGUCCAGUUCAGAGUUUGACUACGCCCGCUACGGUGUCAAAGACGUAUCAAAGGAGCUGCUGGACCUGCGACGGCACCCUGCUGUUCGCCUCCGUUUCACCAAGUGUUUCAGCUUCUCCAGUGCACGUGCAGAAGCUGCCUACCUCACCCAGCGAGCACGCUUCUUCGGGGAAAACGAGGGUCUUGACGACUACAUGGAGGCCAGGGAGGGAAUGCACCUGAAGAACGUGGAUUUCCGCGAACACAUCCUGGCAUUCCCCGAUCCGGCUCACCAGCCCUGGUUUUCUCGGCACAGGGUGUUCUGGCUGGCUUCUGCCUUCCUUCUGUCGUGGCCGCUGCGGGUUGUGUCCGAACACCGCACAGCAUAUGUCCACUACCAUGUGGAGAAGCUGUUCGGGGAGGACGAGGAUGGGGGAAGAGGGGAUGGCGUUGAAGGAGGGACUGAGAACGGAAUCCACCUGGGAGUUGGUCUUAAUGGGACGAGUUACAGAGCCAUCUCUCGGGUCAACACGGUGGACAUGACAGAAUUGGAGUGGCACAUUCGCUGUAACCAACAGAUGGUCCCGAGCUACUCUGAAGCCCUCCUUAUGGACUUGGACAUAAGUGGGGGGACAAACCCGACCGCCUCUACGCCCAUCUCUGGGCCAACAAGCUCCACUCCCAGCCAGGGGACCAACCCACCAACUCUUGCUCUGCCUGUUGUGUUCAACUCGGCUUACCUCCUCCAGAGCUGCCCCCGAUGCAGGAGGACCACGUCGAGUUCCAGUCUUCCCUCCAGGCUAAGGGCCCCCAUGGGAACCACAGCCCUCCUGAACGCUACCGUGGCAGGAAUCAGGGCAGCAGGGCAGGGAGGCGGGGGUAUCGGAGGAAGGUUGGUGCUCAGUCGGAGUGGAUUCUCUCUGGGGAGACUUGCAGGAGGUCGCCAGAACAGCCUGUUUCAUUCAAGAAGCAUGGGAGGAGGGCUGGGAGGAAGUAGGGAAGAUGGAGGAGGAAGUGGAGGUGGAGGCGGAGGAGGAGGCGGAGGAUUUCUUGGUUUAGGUUCAAGACAGGACAACGAGGAGACAAGAGGAGUGCUUGAGGGGGAAGGGGAUGACGAGGAGGAGGAGGAGGAACAGGAGCAGCAGCAGCAGCAGGAGGAGGAGGAGGUGAGGAGAAGGGAACAGGGAAGUGGAGGCAGAGAGAGGGACGAAGAAGCGGAGCAAGACAGUGGAGGGGGUGGCGAGGUGAGGGAGGGUGAUGGAGGAGGGAGGGAACGUCCUCCAUCCUACCAGGACGCAUUCUUCUUUCCCGUCCUCAUCAUACACGGAGAGGAGAGCUGUCAUGCCGGAGACGACAUGUGACGAUCAGAAAAAAAGCAAACAUCAAGAGCAAGACAGUCUGUGCGGAGAUGAAAGAAGGCACCGAACACAAAGAAAAGAGUGGAUCAGAGAAGAAGUGGCUGAGGGGGAAAUGAGAUAUGAUGGAAUGAUUGAA